GUAUCCCAAUUCCGUUAAACUCAACAACCAACCACCGUUGAAUCUUUCAGAAUGGCCCGAAAUGAAGAGAAAGCCCAGUCGAUGCUGUACCGGUUCCGCGAAGCGCAAGCAGCGGAACUCGGGUUCAAAAAGACAGAGAAACGACCUUAUCUAGCUUCGGAAGUGUCGAAUCUGAAGGAGGCGGAAAAGUGGCGGCACCAAAUAAUACGAGAGAUCUCGCAGAAGGUGUCGAAGAUUCAGGAUUCAGGAUUGACCGACUAUCAAGUUCGCGACCUGAACGAUGAAAUCAACAAACUACUUCGCGAGAAGCGGCAUUGGGAAAACAGGAUAAGGGAGUUGGGUGGGCCCGAUUACCGCAAAGUAGGACCGCGAUUAUUAGAUAAUGAGGGGAAAGAAGUGCCGGGCGCGAGGGGAUACAAAUAUUUUGGACGUGCGAAGGACCUGCCAGGUGUACGGGAGCUGUUUGCGGAAGAAGUUCCGACGGUGGUGAAGUCUACACGAUCGGAUUUAAAUAAGAGGGUAGAUGCAGAUUACUAUGGGUAUCGGGAUGAAGAGGAUGGGCUGCUCCUGCAGUAUGAAGCGGAAGUAGAACGGAAACUGCGCGAUGGAAACGAACCGUCACCAAGCAAAUCAGUAGACGAUCCAUUACUGCACGUACCUGUACCUUCACAAAAGGAAGUCGAGGCGUGGCUGGUACAGAGGAGGCAAAAGGAGCUAGCGGAAAGAUUUUUGAUGGACGGGGAUACUACAAAGGCGUAGCAGACGUUGGUGGGGUAACUCAGGGUGGUCCUGGGAUCUAAGUUGGGGAUAGGCUAGGCGAUGUACAUAGGUUCAAUCCCAUAUAGGAUGGGCGACAGAGCCAUUCCCACUCAAUAUCGGCGGGAUCUCAAGAUGUUGGGUAUUGCGUACAAAGAGCUCA